UACGGAGCACAAAACAGAAAGCGAAACCUCGACGAAUUGACCUCUUCGCUAGCCAGCAAAGUAGCUAAUACACGCAAAGAAAAUCUUGAGCACACUCACAGUGUGAAUGUGUGAUCAUGGGAAACACUCUGCGAACUCUUUCUCGGAGGUCUGAGCAACGCCAAGAAACCCCACCCGCAAGGCUUGACCCGGAAGACCGAGCACAAAACGAGCCAUUCACCUGCGAAAUCUGCAUCGAGCCGAUGCUCUCACCCAGAAAAUUCAAGAACAGGGAGAGUUGCUCUCACCCGUUCUGCUCAGACUGUAUCGUCAAGUACAUUGCCGUGAAGCUUGAAUGCAACGCCGCCAAAAUCCAGUGCCCGGCUCUGGAUUGCGCCGAGUUUCUCGACCCGAUUGCGUGCCGGACCCUACUGGGCCCCCAGCUGUUUGUGAAAUGGUGUGACGUGCUAUGCGAGGCGGCGGUGCUGGAAUGGGACCGCUGUUACUGCCCCAAUCGCAACUGCUCGGUUCUGAUCGUGAAUGAGUGCGGCGGGACUGUGAAGCGGUCCAAGUGCCCCAGCUGCAAGGUGCUGCUUUGCUUCCAUUGCAAGCUUCCUUGGCACGCCGGCUUUCGGUGCGAGGAAAGCCGGGAAUUGAGGGAUAGGAAUGACGUAGCUUUUGGUGUGCUUGCUGAGCAGAAGAGGUGGGCGCGAUGCCCUAGGUGCCGUCAUUUUGUCGAGCGCAUUGAAGGCUGCAAAAUUAUUAACUGCAGGUGCGGUAUAAGCUUUUGUUACAAAUGCGGAAAACAAGUUCAUCAGCAUUGGUGCGGGUGUGAUACUGCUUCGUGUUGCUGCAUAUGGACCUGGAAACUUUUAAUAUUUUUCCUCAUUGUCAUGUUUUUCUACUUCAUCAUGUGGGGAUUUGGAAGGAAGCAUGGAUAUGCUCGGCUUACUCCCUAGAUAUGAAAACGCUGCCGCUAUUACGCCUUGCAGUGGUUGACUGAGCCAGGUUUAAUGGACAAGAUUCAAAUGAAGGGGGAAAAGGAUGGUUUCCACUUCACGGCUGGUUGCACUUUCACUCACUAUGAUAUUACUACUAUAGACUUAUAGAGCAUUUCUGUAUAUAACUUAACUCUCUACACUUACCAGUACAUAUAAUAUUAUUAAGAUUAUAAUAAUAAUAAUAAUUACUCGUAAUGCAUUUGAGGCAAAA